UGCUCCCGCUAUUCCGCUACGUUUGACUCUGACGUAUUACGGAAGCGUGAAGCCGCUGAUUCUAUGCAGAAGAGAAAAUACUUCACGCGAGAAGGACGUUCAGAAGAAAUAUAGAAUGUAUGAACAACUAUUGAAUGUUCUCACUUGAAAGGCCUCAUCAGCUGCCAGACUGUGAACGAGUCAGUACCAUGGACAGGGACUGUUUCCUGUUGCUGCCCCAGGUCUGUCAGGUACUGCUGGAGUCUGGUUCAUCACUGGCUGAUGACACCAUCCUGGAGAAACUACUGGACUGGUUCACAGGACUUGCCCCGGCUGAAAAUAGAUCUCUGCUGGAGGAUCAUCCAUGUCUGCUCAGUUUCAUAUCAGCUGUUAUUCACAAAACUUCAUCAGAGCCUGGAGUCAUUUCCUUUGUGUUGAAGCUCUCAGGCUUUUUAGCUGCAAAAUCGCGUGCCUUCAAAACACUUCAGGACUGCUCCGUCCUGGACCUAGCCUUUGACCGUCAGCGCUGGCAGGACGCAGGACUCUGGGAGGAUCCGUGUGUCCGGGUUGGUUGGAUCCAGGGUCUGAGGAACUUGCUGCAGCACUCAGCUGCUCUUAGCUUCUUUGUACAAGCAGAUUUCAUUCCAACAUUACUUCACCUCCAGACAGACUCCAGUCUCUUUGUUGCCUCAGCUGCAAACCACCUGCUCGCCCACAUCCUGCUCUUCUUCCAACCGGUGUCGUCCACAGGCUCUAACGGUGUCCAUCCCAUAGAGGGCACCAGGACACGGGACGGGGCCACAGACACGGGUCCACCAGAGUCGUCUGUAGAAACCAGCCAGGAUUAUUCUGCUGUUUUCAGAACAAUCUCAGAGUUCACGGAGGAGUCGCUGCUCCACACCAACACCAGCCACACACAGCAGGAGCUCAGGUUCCUGACCAUGGUUCUGGACCAGGCUGGGCCAGUGCUGCGGGACCUGCUGCUUCAGUCAGUGACGGAGCCUCUGAGAAGACUGGUGGCUGCAGGACACAGUCACCUCACACACUCCCUGAUGGAUGUCAUAGUGGCUGCACACAGGGGGGUCAACUCCAGGUGGGACGGUGGCCCAGAUGGACACGUCUGUGACCUCCUGUCAUCUAUGCUGAACUUGACCAAAGCUUCGGACCUCAUUCACGCCGCAGCGGCUUUUCUUCACAAAGGGAAACAAGAUGACGUCUUCACGGCCCGAGCCGUGAGGAUCCUGCUGCUGCCCCUGGAGGUGGUAACUGGUCAACCUGCACUGAGCAGAAACAACACAGAUGAACCUCCUCAGUUCACCCUGUUGGAGGAGCUGAGGAGUAAAAGCUCCUGCGUCUCCAUCCUCUGUCUGUGUCUGAGGAACGCUCCAACGAUCACAGCCAUGCCUCCUCACCUUCUCCCCGCUCCUCCUGAUGCCGUUGUCGCUGCAGUUCUGUGGUUGUUGAGAAUAAGCAGCGGUGAUGGAGUCACGUCUAACGGUCGUAAGGAGGUUUUCAAGAACAUCGUCGGCAGCAGCAAAGUUCAGAAAUGUGCUCUCGAGGCGCUGACAGCCUUCAGCUGCAGCACAGGAGUUAAAGCUGGACUGAACCAGGUGUUUCCAGUUCUGGUCAGAUGUUUGAACAGCCCAGACUCUGAUCCAACUGUGAUACACAAGUCCUACCAGGCUGUGGUGCAGUGGCUCAGUGUGUGUGACGAUCACUCCUCCGUAACAGAGCAGCUCAGACGAGAUCUGACCGAUGUCGUGAGGAAGCGGGUGUGUGACAUGCGCUGGGAGGUCAGGGACUCAACGGUGGAGUUUCUGGGGAAAUUGGCGGGAAUCCCGAGAUCAGCUGAGGCGUUCGAGCUUUCUGGACAGCUGCUUAGCAUUCUGCUCCUCAGGGAGGCGCUGCAGGAUGUGGAAAGCUACGUGAGAGCCAGCGCCAUCUCAGCGCUGGCACAGACGCUGACGUGCGGCUGGCAGCAGGGGGCAGCAGUCACACAGGAGGAGAGGGACAUCGUGAAGCAGCUGCUGGACAUUCUCUCCCAGGAUUCAGAGGGAUUUCCCAGACGAGCUGUUGUUCAGUAUUUCAUCACCUGGUUUUCUUCAUCUUCCUCAAACGUAUCGUCACUCUCCUCCUCCUCCUCCUCCUCCCCCCCCCCCCCCCCCCCCCCCUCCCCCUCCACCUCCUCCUCCUCCUCUCUCCUGGAGCGCUCUGUGAGCUCUGUUCUCUCUCUGGGCAGCUCUGAUCUGGACUGGGAGGUCAAAGUUCACACUCUGGAGCUGACCGAGCUCCUGCUGGCUCCUCCAGGUGACAGAAGGAGCCCAGAGAGCCCCCUACAGGCCGUGGGGUCGGGUCUGGUCUCUGUGUUGGACCGUGUGGUGGAGCUGGGCGUGGUCUCAGCAUUACUGAGGAGUCUGGGGGACUGUGACAGACCCGUGGGUCUGAAAGCCUGUCAGCUCCUGAUCACACUCAGAGACACCAUCUGCCCCCCCCCACAGGACAAACCGGAGACUGUUCCUGCCACAGCAGCAGUUGCCGUGGCGACCUGUGAACCGCCGGGCUGUGGCCGGGGACGGGAGAUCAGGAAAAGACUGACCACGAAGAAGAAUGGAGACGUGGAGGCAGCCGUGGAAGACGUGUCUGGAGAGACAGGAGGGACAGGAGAGACAGGAGGGACAGGAGAGACAGGAGGGACAAGAGAGACAGGAGAGACAGGAGAGACAGGAGGGACAGGAGAGACAGGAGGGACAGGAGAGGAAGUGUGUGUCCAUCUGUGUCAAACCUUGAUGUCUCUGGAUCUGGAAACCAGACUGGAGACACUGAGUCGAAGCAGCGACCAUGUUUAUAACUCUCCUCUGUCUCUGCUGCAGGACAUACUGACCACCAGACGUGGACACACAGACACAGACACAGACAGAGCAGCAGGACCAGAGGUCAUUGUUGACUGUUACUGAACAAAAUACAACCUGACAGAUGUUGGUCAGUUAGAACGUGAAGAACGAGUCGUACUUUGUCUGUUGAUUGAUUUUUUUUUUGGUACUUUUGUUAAAUAAAAUACAGUCAUAUAUUAAACAUCGUUGAAUUUC